GAUAUUUUUGGCAAUAUGGAAUCCCACGGAAUUUGCAAAAUGUAUCCCUCCCACAUCCCAAAGCAACCUUCCGUACUUUUUGAUCCAAUAAGAAACGUGCUCGUGACCUCGGAUACUUUUAACCAAUUUUCUUCCCUGCCACUUUCCAUCGCCAUAAAUAAUUCAGUCCGACGGCUUCGACUGUCCAGGCAGUACAGUAAAAGGGUCUCUUCUGGAAAUGAUGUUCAGCAGCAUAAUAAUAAUGGCCAGCUCCAACAGAUUCUAUUCAGUUCGGAGCGAAAGAGAAGGAACACUGUGGACAAUUCGAGUGUUGCAUAUUAUCCACAAUUUGAGAACAUUGUUCAGAGAGAUGCAACGUGUGGGGGUGCGAACAAUAGCAGUGGGGCGAGUAAAUCACGAAAAAGCACGGACAAACCAAUGCGAUCAAUGUCGCUCUGUGUUAGAAAAUGUCAUCCUCAACACAGAGAAAUUCCAAGGAUCCCUGCCAAAGUCAAACACGGUGACUUGGUCUGGUUUCUGGUGCCUGGGGGCGCGGGGAGUGGGACGGCGAAAACCGAGCCAUCGCUAUUCUACCCAGGACUGGUCACUGAAUAUCAUGUGAAAGGAAACGUCGUGACGAUAAAACCGGAUCCCGUCGUCGUGGACAAUGUAGAAAUGAAGGAACAAACACAUUUUGUUGUCGAGAACAAUGGGACGUACGUGAGGAAGCGGAGCUUGGUGACCACGUCGCCCGGUUGUGUCAUGGACAUGAUUACUAUGAACGAUCUAAGUGAACCUGCUCUACUAUGGAAUACACGACAGCGAUAUAAGAACGGAAAUAUUUAUACUUAUGUUGGAUCUAUGCUCAUAUCCGUGAAUCCAUACACAACACACAACAUUUAUGGACUUCCGGUUGUGAAAAAGUAUGAAGGCCGAGUAUUAGGAGAUUUGCCACCCCACUUAUUCGCUUUAGCCUCGGCAUCAUACACAAGAAUGUGCAAAGACCGUGAACCUCAAGUCGUCAUAAUUUCGGGAGAAUCUGGUUCCGGAAAAACCGAGUGCACAAAGCUCAUUCUGGGAUAUUUAGCUUUAGUUAAUAAAUCCCCAUCCAACCUUAUCACAGAGCAAAUUUUGGAAGCGAGCCCACUUUUGGAAUCAUUUGGGAACGCCAAGACAAAAUUGAAUGACAACUCGAGUAGAUUUGGCAAAUAUCUGCAAGUAUUCUUUGAUGAAUCCACAGACACCAGCAUAAUUACUGGGUGUCGGGUUACUGAAUAUUUGUUGGAAAAAUCUCGAAUCGUCACUCAAAACACGUGCGAAAGAAAUUAUCACGUAUUUUAUGAACUCCUGGAAGGAUUGGAAAAAGAGCAGAAGGAAAAAUAUGGUCUACUGUCAGCGGACAAGUAUUUCUAUUUGAACCAAGGGUCCACACCUAACGCUGAAAAUCCAUUAGCAAUUCCAGGCAAAAACGAUGCCAAUGAUUUUCAAGCCCUAGUUAGUGCAAUGCAAAUUUUGGGAUUUUCAAGCCCUGAAAUUGAUUGUGUUUUCCGUGUUCUGGCUUCUGUGUUACACUUGGGAAACGUAUAUUUCCAUCGAAAAGCUCUGAAACAAGGGAUGGAAGGAGUUGAAAUUGGGUCAGAUGCAGAAAUUCAAUGGAUUGCUCAUUUGCUCGAAGUGAGUCCGGAUGGUCUGCGCAAAGUGCUAACAAGUCGUACGACAGAAACACCUCGUGGUGAAAAAAUGACGACGCCAUUGACCAUUGAUCAGAGUUUGGACUGCAGGGACGCCAUUGCCAAAAUAUUAUACAGCAAUUUGUUCACUUGGCUAGUUCAAAGGGUCAACAGAAUUGUGCAUAACGGGAACAACAAUGGGGGCUCCUCCAUGACGUUGGAGAAGCAGAGAAAACCCCAGCGGACCUGUAUCAAUAUUUUGGAUAUUUUUGGGUUUGAAAAUUUUAAGGACAACAGUUUCGAACAACUUUGCAUAAACUAUGCAAACGAAUCCAUCCAUCAUUUCUUGAUCCGACACGUUUUUAAGCUGGAGCAAGCCGAGUACGCCAAAGAGAAAAUAGAUUGGAUAAAUAUCGAGUUUGAGGAUAAUAUGCCAAUCAUUUCGCUGCUCAUUAAGAAACCUGUAGGCAUUCUUCAUCUCCUUGAUGACGAGUCCAACUUCCCAAAAGGAACAGAUUCGUCGUUUUUGGAAAAGUGUCAUUAUAACCACAUCAAUGAAAAUUACUUGAGACAAAGAAUGAGCUCAAAAGAAUUUGGGAUUAAACAUUAUGCGGGCAAUGUGUGGUAUAACACGGAAGGAUUUCUAGAAAAGAACAGAGGAGAUUUUGCAUCCAGUUCACAGCAAGAUUUUGCUCUUAGGAAAUUAUUAUGCUCUUCAAAAGAGAAGAUCUUAGCAAGAAUGUUCAUCCUCGGCACCCAGACAGACCAUCAACACCCAUCUUCGUCAAACUCACCAGGGGGAGGUCAGCUGUCGCCGGCUAAUCAAGGUCACGGCCACCACCGACGAGGUGGUCCCCGCUCGCGACACCAUCAAAAUCAGCAACAAGCCAACAAUCAGAAUUCAAACGUACGCCUCUUUGUGACCAUGAAACCACGAGCCCCCACAGUCUCGGCCCGGUUCACUUCCUCUCUAAACUCCCUGCUCGAAUCCAUGUCGCGUUGUUCGCCAUGGUUUAUUCGCUGUAUCAAACCCAACAAUGAAAAGAAGCCAAAUUUAUUUGACACUGCGCUGGUUCUGGAUCAACUUCGCUACUCUGGAAUCCUCGAAACAAUCAAAAUAAGAAAAUUGGGCUACCCAAUUCGAUAUAGUUUUAAUAAUUUUGUCUAUCGCUACAAGUGCAUCGUUCCCCAUCCAGCAGCUUCCGGAAACCAUCAGCAGUCUACACGGGACUUGACCAGGUUAAUACUCACCAGUUCAUACUCUCAACAAGUGAAUAGCAGUGGGAGCAGCAGCGGUGCUUCUGCUCAUGGCGGAGACGAUUUCCAAAUUGGUAGCAGUAAAGUAUUCCUCAGAGAAGUGCUAGAGCAGCGGCUAGAAAAAGCGAGGUAUGAUUUGCUCAACAAGGCUGCCAAAGUGAUCCAAGCUUCAGUUCGGGGGCACGUCCAGCAUAAAAAAUUCCUCAGUCAAAGGAGGUCAGCCAUACGUAUUCAGUCGUACUACCGGAUGUACACUGCACGUCGUGAUUUUGUCCGAGUAAAACAGGGUAUCACCCGACUUCAAGCGACUAUCAAAAUGCGCCGAGAUCAAAAGCGGUAUCAAGCAGUGAGAGAUGAAAUCGUUAAAAGAAACCAAAAGCGAAAACUUAUUGAAACGGCAGAAAAGACUGCUGCCAAAAAUCAGACAUGCAAUUACGGACUAACUGGUGUAAAUCAUUUAGAAGUUCCAGCAGAGUUAGCUUUUAUACUGAGCCGAUUAGACGGAGGACUUUCUUCUUCUUCUUCGGGCCUGGAAAAAUCACCCCGAGCUGGAAUUCACAGCAAUUUUAGAAAAAUUCAGCAAAGCAAUGACAUUUCCUCUCCAAGUUGGGCCUCACUGGUCGACAAUUUUGGGAGUAAACCCUCCGCGUAUAAACUUGCAUUUCAAAAAGGUGGUCAAGAGCAAUUGAAGAUGCGUCGCGAGCCAAUUGUGUCACCAUUUUUGAAAACCAGCCCCAAAGAAGAAGCUCUCAUUAUUUUCAAGCUGAUUCUUCGCUACAUGAAUGACUCAAGCUUGGGUUCUCCAUCAGGUAGGGAGAGAGAAUUACUCCUGCAAAACUACAUUGUGAACAAAGGCAUCAAGAACGAGUUAAUUCGUGACGAGAUCCUCAUCCAAAUUUUAAAUCAAACAAGGCAAAAUCCCAAUCGGAUGAAUUGUGAGAGGGGGUGGUUACUCUUGGCAUCAUGUUUGUCAUCAUUUCAACCGAGGGACGAAAACUUAUUAGCGUAUUUGAUAACCCACUUUUCCGAGCUGAAAGAAGGAGACGAGUUGGUGGAAAAGAGCUACAAAGUCAUUUGCCAAUUAAAAACGUUGCAAAUGGCAGAAGAAGGGAAGCGUGGAAGGGUUCGAGUGAUGCCACCAUUUGGACAGAUGGAAUUGAGAACCAUUGACAGAAAACAGCAUGGGCAGGUAUUUGUAGAAAUUGACGGAAUAAAUGAACGCAUCGAGAGCUGGACGCAAAUUGGGGAAGUCGCUGGUCGUGUAGGCUCUAAAAAGUUUGGGAAAUUUGGAAAAAACUACAACUAUGAAGGGUUACCAUUUUGGACGCUGGACUUUUUGGGAUCAGAUGAUCAAGUCGAGGACGAUAGCGUUCAAAGUGCCGAGAACAAUAGCUGGGAACUAGAUUCCAACGCCUUCAUCUUUGACACCAAUUUUGAGUCUGUCGACUAUUCUCAAUUUGGAAAGGUUUUUGGAUCCGACCUUCAAACUCAACCAAUGCCCACCUCACUGACCCUACUUUUUGUGAAAAUGAUGUAUGCUUCCCACUCACCCCCGCAGAAGCAGCGACAGCAACAACAUAUUCCAAUGCAUAAAGUAAAACCAAUGGAAAAUUUAAACAAAAUUGCAGCUCUGAGCAGUAAAUCUAGACUGAACGAGAGAUACUUUAAGGCAGAGAGCUCAAUGCCUGGUCCACCCAAUAAUACACGGACAAAAUCUCUUGAUAACUUGCUUGAUGAUCCCGUGGAGCUUUCUAAAGCGGCUCUGCAAAGGAAAAAGAUGUUGGGUUUAUCAGACUCCAAGCUGAACCAAAGAUACAACUCGUCGAUUGAAAAUUUGGGUCAACUGCCGUCACGAAGGAAGAAUUCCGAAAACUAUUUUGAAGAGUUUGAAGAGGAAGAGAUGGAAGCCGUAGACUUCAAUUCUGAAGACGACGAUGACGACGACGAUGAUGAAGACUAUGAACCUGAACUAGUAGCAGCUACGACAAACAAUAAUGGGCCAAAUAUGGGAGGAGGCAAGCACAAUUUGUCAGUCCUACCAAAUGGAAAUGGUAGUCGGACAGGACCUCCACGCUAUAUUAAAGCUAUAUCGGGCUCCAGUAAGAAAGCACCAUCUUCGGUGGGAUCCAAAAAUUUUGGCUACUACGGGAAAUCCAGUGCAAUGUCAGAUACGAGUGAAGCCCCAUCAUUGGCCAGCCAUGUUCGUCGGGUCAGAGUUCCUAGCCAAGCUAGCGAUGUUGACCAAUUUCUGGAUGACUUGUUCAGCCCCGUUCUCGAGGGAAGUAACAUGCUGGACGAUUUGAGCGACGUUCGAAGUUUGGUUAGCAAUUUGAAAGGUGGUGGUGGCGUUUUUGAUGAGCACCCAAGUUCUAGUUCAAACCUCAACAACAAGAAACCUGGACUAAAUAAGCCGGCAAACCCCACAGAUUUUAUUCAGUCAGCCAUGGAACAAAAUAUUCAAAUUCAACAGCAACUUAUUGAACAAAAUCAAGCGUUGCAAGAACUCCUCCGGCGGAGUUCGGUCGAGAAACUUUCAGAUGGUGGUGCUCCAAUGAACGGAAAAAUCAAUGGGGCUAAAAUUGGGAGUGGAAAUAUUCCAAUCCCGCCACCCCUCCCACCAACCUUACUCGGCGAGCUGAACGGACACCAUCCAUUCAUGGACCACUAUGGUCGAGCAAAAACGGUCCGUAUUGGCAAAUGGCGUUGGCCUCCUAUUGUGAAUGAAGCAGGUGGUGACGACGAUUUCAAUGAGUUUAAAGCCAGGUUGGAGGAAAAAAGGAAACUCGACCAGGACGAAGAUAUGCACAACAAUGAUGACGAUGAUGAUUGGUUGCAAAAUCAACCUCCAAAACUGCGCAAUGGAUUAGGACACCAUCACCAAAGGGAUCACGUCCCACCCACAAAGAAGCACUCUGCUCCAUCCCUCGGUGCAGCUAAUAAUUCAAUCAAUCCCACUCCGAUUCGCAACCCUUUUAGCGACAUGGUUGUCGGCAAGCUAAAACUGAGUCAUGAGAUGCGAGCCAAGCUGGAACAAGUGACAAGUCUUCGUGUGGCAAAUGGUGGAGCGCAAAAGAAAAGCGCAGGACCCAAUCUGUUUGAAACUCAAGUGGAUUCUCAUCAUCAGCCCAAAAAAUUGGAUGAAAAUAGGCGAAAUGUGCUUCAGGAAAAACUUAUGGGAAGUAGCAGCAACAACAACAACCAUCAUCAUCACCACCACCAUCACCAUUCAAACGGGGUCAAUACUCGUGUCCACCAAGCACAGUUACACCCACCACCCCCGCCACCCAUGCCAAUCACACAGGGAAAGCAUUCCGAACUUCAUGUCCACACUGAAAUGACGCUCACCAUGGACGAGAAUUACGAUACUUUGAGCCAAGUUUAUAACCAAGUGACCUCUCCAAAAGCUGAAGGAAAGGGUGGUAACAUUAUGCCAGCAGCAUCUAAAGGAUUUGACCAUCAUCAUCAAGUUAUACGUGGUCGUGAUCGGGAUGAGAGAAUCAUUGAACCACCAGAUUAUUCUGACGAAUAUUCAGACUAUGAGCCAUCCACAUUAAAAAAGAAACUGAAAUUGCACUCCACCAGGUUUCAGAAUUCCUACGGUUAUAUGAUCAAGAGGUUUCGGUUGAGGAAGGACUUGGUGACAGAAGAAGAGCUUAAAGAUCACGAACUCGUCGACUUUCUUAGAGAACAGAUUCUAAGGGAUUUGAGAACUAAAAGCCCCAGAAUAAUGGAGGCCGAGAGACGAAGUUGUGCCAACAUAAUGGAGGGUGGGAGUGCCAACAUUAUCACCAUUGCGAGGAGUUGGUCGCUCUACUUUUGGAGAUUUUUUAAAGUGGAACAACAGAUUGUGGGAAGUCGCACUGAGGACACUGUACGAUAUGUUGCAGUCAACGACAAAGGACUCAAACUUGUUGGAUUAAGACAGAGCAAGCUCCAUGUUUUUGAGUUUUACAGCUGGUCCAAAAUCGUUUCCGUCCUUGCAUCCAAACGUCCCUCCACUACCACGACAGAUGUGAUAACAGUCACACUUGGAAACGGUCAGAAGCUAUGCCUUCACUGUGACUGUGCCGUGAAUCUCCAACGAACGUGUGACACAUUUUUCAUGAAUGAUGCCAAAUCCUCGAAACGAGGCAGCAACGAUGCCACAAUUAUGCCAGGACAAGACAGAGAUCAAACAAGUGGCAGCAACAAUAACAACAACAUGAACCACCAUCGAGGUCAUCUGCCCCCAAAUCAUGCCCAUGGUCACAUCAACAUGAUGAAGUCCGCCACGAGUUCAAUGAUGAAUAUGAACAACUCGUCCCGGGCAAUGAGUAUGGGGAUGACGCAUCACCAAAUUCAGUCGUCGGGGGGUGGUUCCUUCGGGGAUGAGAUGGACUCUACAAUUGGCCUCGAGUUUUCAGAUGAUUUGGAUGGAGGACAAAGUCACACCCAUUUUUCGAGAAAGGUGGCUGCCAGCUAUUACGAUCAACAUCAUCAGCAUCACAUGGGUGUGGAUGAGGACGAUCACAUGAUGGACUUCCAGUCCACACAAAACUAUGGCAUGGGGAAGGUUUCCGGAGGAGGGACGGGGUACGGUCGGGGGGAACAAGCUCCGAGCGGAGGGGAGCCCUCACCACCCUUGAUGACGGCGUCGGAGGAGGAGGAAAGGGAGAGCAGGCUGCUCAUGGGGGCGCAGUUCGAAAACGACGGGAAACAUUCGCUUCUCCAAUUUGCGCUCAAGUACUUUAGGCAAAAGGACAAGUUCCAGCAUGUUGGGUCCGAGAAGGAUGUUGGACAAGGGUGUUGGACAUGGAGGGAGCAGGUCUCUUGCGUCAAGUACAGUCCGAAAAUGAUACAGCAGAGUCUUUUGCCUCUCCCAUCGGAACAAAUGAACAAGUUGGCGUUGGAAUGCUUCGCAUCGAUAUUAAAAUAUAUGGGGGAUUUCCCUGAGCAGUCGCAAGCUAAAGAUAAGAAGCAUAAAAAUAACAAUGAUAGUCCUCCCCCUGCACCGCUGCUUACGGAGGUUGAAGCUGUUUACACGCUCCUCAGGAAUUGUCACAUGGCCUCAACUAACCCACACAUUAGCUCAUCCCCAUCUGGUUCUUCCCCUGAUUCGGGUUCACAUCCGCAAAUGAUGGGUCGUCCACCUAUUCUUGGUCUGGCGGAUGAAGUUUAUUGCCAAAUCAUGAAACAAACAACGAACAAUACGAAUCAAAAAUCUGCUCAGCGAGCUUGGCGUCUUGGCGUUAUUUUGUCUGCCUACUUCACCUGUUCUGACACUCUUCGACCCUACCUCUUUAAAUACUUGGAAACCAAUGCUUACGACAAACGGAGGGCGUUUCACGGGACAGCAUUGGUCACACUGCAAAAUCUGAGAAAGACUUUUAAAUAUGGAGGACGACGAAAUGUGCCAAGUGUGGAGGAAAUUACUGCAAUCACUGCUGGGAGAAAUGCAAAGCGACAAAUUUUCAGACUUCCGGGCGGAGCACAGAGAGUAGUGAACGUAAAGGCUACAACCGUUGUACAGGAUGUUUUAGAGGAGCUUUGCGCAACUUGUCUUCACAUGGAAGGCUCAUCUCUAGAGGAGAGAGGAGAAUGGUCCGUGUACUGCAUAGUAGAGGGUGACACAACGAUGCCACUUCAAAGGGAAGAAUAUUUACUCGAUGUGUCGACAGAGUUGCAAAAGAAUGCUCAAGUUUACUACCUUAUCUUUUGCCGGUCAGUGUGGUUCUUUCCCUUAAGAUUGGACGCUCCAAAUAAUGACACAUACAUUGACCUCAUCUUCAACCAGAUUGCACCCGACUACCUCGAAGGGCUCUUACUCACCAUGCCGGGUCAAGCGUUGAAUCAGUCACUUGUGUACGACAUUGCCAGAAUUGCAGCCCUGCUACAUCGAUCUGCCGACUUGAGAACUCCACCCACUUUAAAGGAAUGCAAAUAUCUGUUGCCAAAACCUGCCUUGGCCGCAAGAGAUAUGAGACCAAAUCAGUGGGUCAGUUUGGUGAACAAGUAUUGGGCAGAAGAGAAAAUGGGAGACGACCUCAUGCGACCAAUCCAAGCCAAAGCCAUAGUUUUAGAUAUUCUUCAAAAGUGGGACCUUUUCGGCUCCAGCUUCUUUUCUGUCAAAAGAAUGGCGGAUCCCAGUCCUCCCGAGGAGUAUAUUCUAGCCCUGAACAAAAAUGGAGUUCACUUUCUCGACAUUAUUACUCACGAGACUUUGAACUGGUGGAGCUACAACGAAAUCCUAUCUACUCGGAAAGUAAAGAAUGAGGACUCGCUUUUAUACCUCGACCUUAAGGUUGGAAACCUAAUGCAACAAAGGAUUACUCGUUUGCAAACAGAGCACGCUCACGAGAUUAGUCGGCUAAUUAGACAAUACAUCCAUAUUCAGAAGUAUGCAAAUGUUAACAACAAUACAAAUACUUCACAAAAUUCCCCAAUGUCUGCUAAAUGAAGUUGAAAAUGCAAGUUCUUAAAUCGACAUAUGAAAUUUAUUAUAUUAUCCUAAUUAAAGUAUAUUAAUACAUUAAACUAGACUAUCUAUUUUACUAUAACUUUGCAAUGAAUGUGCAUACAUUGGAUCACUAUGCACCUUCACUGCAAUAAACUCGAACCGUGCAAUAUAUACGUAUACAGGACUAAAGAAAUAUUUACAUGUAACGAAAACUACAUACAUAUUAGAUACACUUUCACAUUGUUUUUAUAGGUCUGCAAAGUAUCUAGUUGUAAUUAUCGGUAUACAACUGACUGCUGUGAUGCAGACAUUAUUUAUAUAAUUUUAUACACACGACUAAAUGGAAUUAUUAUAUAAUUUUUUAUAUGUUUUUGAUGAUAUAGCGAGAAUUUUAAUACAAUAUAAUUUACGUUUAAAAACACAUU